AUGCGGGACUGCCCGGGCCUUAAAGCUCCCUGCGACUGCGCCCGGGCAUCACGGCAGCGGGGCCUGGGGGAGCCCCCCUGGCAGUGUGUGGAGCGUGACCUGCGCAGCCAGAUGGGCUCCGAGCGCGGCCUGGUUGAGGAGUACGUGGAGAAGAUGCCGAACCCUAGCCUCAAAGCAUUUAAACCUGUCGACCUGGGUGAUCUGAAGAGGAGGAACACACAGGAUGCAAAGAAGUCCUAAGGCGGGUCCUCCCUGUGGAUCGGCUGGUCUCCUAAGGUCCUCAAGCAGAUUUAAUUUGAGAUUUUGUGUUGAUUUCCUCCUCUGGUCUGUACUCCCAAAAGCCCGCGGGAGAGCCAGUCAGCUUUGGGGCUGGCUCUGAAGCUACCUGAAAUCAAAGAUGCUCAGGGGCUCACUGAGGAUGCCCAGAGCCUGUUGCAAAGGAUUCCAGCCCCUCACUCAUAGCUUUCUCUGGCCUCAAGCUGUCCUUCCCCACUUCAUGCUGGGCUCACAGAUCUCCCGUUCUCCUUCCAUCUCUGCCCCUGGUGCGUUGAGUAUGUGGGCUCCCUGGGCUCUGGUGCGUGGCAGGGCAGAGCAGAGGGGCUGUGUUGUCAGUAGAGGCAGCGCUAGUUCUCCGCUCCCUUCUGUGCACCAUGGAUCCACAGUUGCUGGGGCGGGCCAGGGGCAGAAGGAAGGAGAGUUGGUUCUGUCCUUGCGCCUCGGGACAGACAGGCAACCCCAGUUCAACACCUUUCGUGCAGCUGACUGCUGGGCAGGUCACAGUGGCUGUUCCUUGCUCCCUUGUGGGAGGGCUUAAUUUGUACCUGGGUUGCUAGUGCUUGGGACUCAUCAGUGUUGCCAGAGCUCGUGGGUCCGUAUCCAAGGCUGGAUUUUCCUUGUGCUUAGAUUGGGCCAGAUCCCUGUAGUGCUGGAGAUGGAGCUGCUCCACUCUCCCUGCGGAGGGAGAGAGACGGGGUGUCAGCACUGGCCCCAGGCACCUGAGAGGUGCUCGGAGGGCGGCACUGGGCCGCAUUCAGCCCCCCCGGCCUCAGUGCUCUGGCAGCUCCACGGGAGGUAGCGGCAGUGGGGGGCGGCUGGUGUUGACUGUGCGGAAAGAAGCUGGUUGGCAUCCUUGCCUGAGCAGCGCCGUCCUGUUCUAUACUAACACCAUUUUCCAGACGUGCACCCUUGGGAGAGAUCUGGCCUCCACAGCUGGCAGAAAUGUCACUGCGUGGGGGCUGCCGUAGUUGGUGUAACUCACCCCCGGGGGGGGGCUUUC